UGAUCAAACUUUUGAUUUUGUCAGCAACUCUGAAGAAACUCUGUACAUUACACAGUUUACACGGAUAGAGUUCCAGCGAUACUUUCAACCAAGCAAAGAUGGUUCUUUACCUCUUCAUUUACAUUAUAUUCAUUUUCACCUAUACCCCAGAACUCUCAGAAAGCAAGUGCAUCAUAAUGGUAACACAACCACAGGAGCAUCUUCAUGGGAGAUUCAACCAGUCAAUUACCAUCUCCUGCCACUUUAACACCUCUUGCCAAAAGAAAAAUCAGAAUGAGGUGCAAUGGUAUGUGUUCAGGACAGACUCCUAUUAUCAGCUGGAUAUAAAGAAUCAGGCAAUGAAGUAUGUAUUGCAAGGAGCAGAUCUACACAUCAACAGUCUCUCACACACUGAUGACGGCGUGUAUCACUGUGCUGUAUUUGACGCCCUUUCCACAGGCAGUGGUGCACAGGCUAUUGGGAAUGGCACAACACUGACAGUGAAAGGGAAUGAAUAUAAUGCUGGGCAAAUCAUGCUGUUGACACUGGUGGUCUUACUCUCCCUCUACAUUUUAAUUGUCCUGGUUUUCUUUAUCUGUAUAAAGACUGGACGAGUCAAGCCAUUUAAAAGAAGCCAAAGUCAAAGACAGGGCAAGGGUGACUCAACCAAGAGAGUCCAAUUUGGAGCUGUGGUGCAAGAACUUUACAGCAAGAGGAACUUGCGAAAAAACAAGAAAAAAUGUCCACUGAAGUUUCACCGGAAAACAAGGCUCCACAGUCCCGCACUCAGAAAGAAGACAUUUACCAAAACCUGAAAAGGACCCGAUAAAACAUCAACUCAGCACAAAAAGGGUUCUGCUGUGUAGAACAUGAGGAACAGAAAAUCUUUAAUUGACCGAAAAAAAGGAACAGUGAACAGUUCUUGUUUCUUUGUUCUAUAGCAUUAUAAGUCACAUUGCCAAAAUAUCAUAAAAUAGUGUGAAACUGGAACUUCUACCAUUGCCACAGACUGUAUUGUGGUAAUGAGGGACACUAUUCUCUGCUUCAUCACCUCCGUAAUGAUCCAUUGCCUUUUUACAUACAUUUAACCAUUUGCUUAUUUUUGCUUCUACAUGAUACAAUAAUUCAUAGUUUUUUAUUUAUUUGUUCACUGCUAUUCAUAUAGUCAAAUUUAAAGACAGAAGUUAACAAAGUAGCUGCUGAAUUUAAAAGAAUGGUUGCAAUGUUAUCAUGUUUAAUUAGGCAACAGAUGAUUUGGAGUUAAUGUGGACCAAAAUAAAUAGCUAAAGCAGAAAAACAUGUGUGUGGCUGCCUGGGAAAACCCAUUCUAUUGAGUAGAUGAUAUUUUCAUCUAUUUAUAUUUUUGAAAACUACAGCCUUUCCUCAAUGGGAGAACCUGGAAUAUAAUUUACUGAGUAUCUCAAUCUUGAGUAAUGUUUUACUUUUUCCAGAUAUUUUGACAGUAUCUGUUUAUAAACUGAAUUGAUUUUUAGCCUUUUUUUAGCACAUGGCUGUCAGAUACACUGAGCAGAGCCUGAAACUCUAAACCUGUAAAUCUCACUUUUUAGAUAUGUUUAUUGCAUUUAUUUUUAUGCUUAUUAAACUGGCUUUUCGAACCAGCUUUUUUGUUUUGAUGAACAAUAUGUACGGUUUGAUUAGUAAACAGGUGUGUUUAAUAAGGGAACAGGCUUGUCUGAUUAGUAAACAGGUAUGUUUGAUAAGUAGGGCUGCAACAACUAAUUAUUCAAAUCGAUAAUAAAAUUAAUUGUCAACGAAUGCCGUUAUCGCUUAGUUGGGCUGCUCAAGUUACGGGUAAGCAUGAUGGUAAGUUAGCACAGACGCUUGUGAAAAUAAAAUAAAAAACACACUGGUGUCAUGGAUGAAGGUGAAACAUCAGCACGGAAAUUAACUACUGUGUAACCCUCAUCAUGUGAAAAUGUUUUAGUUUAAAGAAGUGCUUUUGUGUACACUGUUUGUAUCCUAACUUCGGGACAGUCACACUUGAUUUGGUCUGUCAUGACUUCUGAGCAUCAGGUUGUGCAAUCACCUGGCUCGCGACAUAGUGAUGGAUUCAAUUAAACCGGCGCGACAAACACUAAAUCUACAUUUAAUAUCUAAAUUCUGACUAAUUGGAAAAAAUCAUCGUCCGAUUAAUCGAUUAUCAAAAUAGUCGUUAGUUGCAGCCCUAUUGAUUAGUAAACAGGCAUUUUCUAUUAGUACAUACUGUAGAUGUGUUUGAUUAGGGAACAGGUAUGUUUGAUUAGUAAACAGGCAUGCUUGAUUAGUGAACAGGUGUGUUUGAAUAGCAAACAGCUGUGUAUGAGUAGUAAACACAAACAUAUAAGACAUAGAUGCUUCAUUUACUGUUUUGGUCCAUUGCUGCGGUACGUCAACAGAAUUGCUGAAGCUCAUAUUUUUUACUUGUUUUAUUCUUGGUUAAAAAUGGUGGAGAUGCCCCUAAUGUAAUAGAAUUCAAUUCACAAUAAAUGAAAUAAAAUCUU